AUGAUCCUCGUACGAGACGACCACGUCGCUACACAUGGAACAGCGGAUCCCCAUGAUAGUCUGGCGGGAAACAGUGGGACAGAGCCCGUUGAAGGUAUGCGUGUGGGUGUGAACUGCCUCGAAGGAUACUUUGGGUAUCUCCAGCAAGUCGGGUGGGACGACUCCUCCGAGUACUGCGCAAAGCAUCACGAAGCAUGGUCUCCGCUUUCAACUGCCCUCAGAAGCGGUUCCAUGAUAGACGCCCGGAUUCUUCUCGGUAACGUAGCCUCUGGACGGGAACUAAGUUCCGGGGAGUCUAAGCCAGACCCGUCCUGA